UAUUACUUGGUACCUGACCGCGGACAGAUCGCAUUUAGCGGCGAACACGGUAUACAUAUUUAUAUGAAUAGGGGAAUUUUUGAAUUGUUGAUGGAUUUUUGAUGAAAUAUUUGCGUUUCGUUGGUGUUUUUGUGACACGGUUUUUUUGCAAUUGCAAAAUGAUGUUGAUUAAAGUUAGGUGACCGUUUAGUGACCACCGCGUCUAAUUGGUUUAAUGUUAAAUUGAUGCAUGUCUGUGAUUCUUGUUUUGUGUAAGCAAACUUUGACCAGACAUCAGCUAACAUUGUGUGGUGAUUUUGUUUUACUUAAAAAUAAUUAACGCGCACUAUAGUAGAUGCAGACACUUAUGUAACACUUACUUGUAUGACAUCGGAUAUCUUGUCUUCCAUGUUAAAAAUAAGAUAUAAAAUAAAAAUCAAUUAAAAAGAAGAAGUGAGAUUUGCCAAGGUCAGGAACUAGUUUUCUCGAAAAAGAAUUUUAAUUAUUUUGUAUAAAAAUGGAUUUCAAAUCCAUUUCAUUUGUGUUGUGUUUUGUUGUCGUUUUGGGAUAUUGUGCACAGGUGAUGGAUGCUUUCGAUGGUGACGACAAGUUGAGAGUGUGCAUUGUAGAAGGUCGCGGGACGUACAAAAAGGCAGCGAAAUUUUGUCCAACACUGGAGAAGACAUCAAAGUUGGAAUGCGUCAUUGGAGUCGAUCGUUUGGACUGUCUUAGACGAAUUCACAAGGGGUCAGCACACUUUGGCGUUUUCUCAUCCGAAGAUUUGGUAACAGCCAGAUGGGCUAGUGUGGAGAUUCUAAUUACCAACGAAAUGCGAUUUCACGAUUCCCCUUUCGAGUAUGAAAUCGUAGCUGUCGUGGAUAAUGAAGCUGACAUCAAUUCAGUUCAUGAUUUGCGAGGUAGUAAAUUUUGUCAUCCGGGCCACGGACUACAGAGCCAUUGGACGGAAGUACUAGCGAAUUAUUUCGAAUCGACAUUGGUGUCCCGAUUAUGUGAAGAGGAACUGUCGCUCGUUGAAUCGAGAAUCCGAGCAUCGGCAGAAUUUUUCGGGCCGAGUUGUAAGGCUGGUCCUUGGGUGCCGGAUCCAACGGAAGAUCGACUGCUAAAGCGAAAGUAUCCGUCAUUAUGUGAACUGUGUUACAAUCCACAGACAUGCGCUAAGGGGGAUAAGCAUUGGGGUCGUCGAGGACCUUUGUAUUGCUUGACGAGUGGAUACGGUGAAGUUGCUUGGGUUCGAUUAGACGAUGCUAAAAGUCAUUUCGGGUUUAGUGGCACUGCAGCAGAAAGUUCUCCGUCUGAAUACAGCUACUUGUGUCCCGAUGGUCACCUUCAACCAAUACAUACGGAGAAGCCCUGCAUUUGGGUAGCAAAACCGUGGCCAGUCGUAGCAGCUCAGCCUAAACAUGCCGCUGAAAUUCAAAAUAUGUUGACCAACAUAAAUCAUGACAACCAAAACAGCUGGCAAAAUGCUCUUCUGAGCUUACUGGAAUCCUAUCACGUUAACGUAACGACACUAGACCGAAGUAUCCCGAUUGACGAUUACCUGGAUCAGGCAAUUGGCUUUCAGAGUGCGUACAGUUUUGCCACGUGUAGUCCACCUCGAUCGAUUAUCUACUGCACCACUUCACUCAUUCAGCAUUAUAAAUGUUCGUGGCUGCAAGAGGCAUCUUCAGUGUACGGAAUCGAACCGAACAUUCAAUGCAUACGCACCGAAAGCAUGCAGAGGUGUAUGGAUGAUACCAAACACAGAACGGCAGAUGUAGUUUUGGUCGACCAAGACGAACGUUUGAAUGCAGAACGAAAAUAUCAUUUGAAGCCACUGCUGUACGAGUUUUCUUCUGAGUUUUACGAGCGAUACGUUGUGCUGGCAGUGAUCAAAGACGGCUCUAGAAUUAACGACUUUAGCGAUUUGAAAGGGAAACGAGCCUGUUUCCCGAACUUUGAAGGAGCCGCAUACCUAUCCGUACUAGAGACAUUAUGGAAUUACAGUUUGGUGGAAAAAUCGUGUCCGCACCAUGUGAAUUUGGCUAAUUAUUUCUCGACCGACUCAUGCAUCUGGGACGAUAAGCACAUAUGCCACAACCGAUAUUUCGGCGAAAUGGGUGCAUUACGGUGUCUGGCUGAUGGAGUGGGCGAUGUGGCAUUUAUUAGCUCCGGAACGUUCAAAUCCUUCAAAGACGGUUCGUCGAAUUCAACGUGGCAGAGGAAAUUCAAAACGGAAAGUCUGAAAUUGUUGUGUCCAUAUGGACGAGCAGCCAAACCGAAGGAUGAAUACUGUUUCUUGAACUGGACACCACGAGGACACCUCAUGAUCAGCAAUGAAACGGAAUCGGUGCGGCGCAACGAAAUAUACAAUUCGUUCAGAGAUAUGGACAAACUGUUUGGGAAGCAAUACAAAAGCCACACGACACCGUUCACGAUGUUCGGGCCGUUUGACAGGAAGAACAAUGUGAUGUUUAGAGAUAAUACGGAUGGAUUGAGGGGAUUAGAAGAAUUACAAAAGGACAAGUCAUUUAGGCUGUUAGAUAAGACUUUCACUGUUUACGCUGAAGACGUAUGUACCAGCGAUGCCAUACAGAUUGCACAUUGGUUGUCGUAUUUAAGUUGGACGGCAGUAUUAUUAGCUUAUGUUUGUUUAAAAUAAAAUCGGACGACACCGUUCUGUGAAACGU